UACACGCAUAGAAAAACGUACCUGGGCACCACUGGCACCAGCGUACAUUUAUAGUAGAAAUACGAGUUUUUCAGUCUCGAAAUUUUGGCUUAUUCCCAUCGCGACGGUAUUUCAACCGUGGAGCCAGCAGCAGUCCCGCCUUGCGUUUCGUCCGUGCGUGAGUGUGUCGACUGCACACACGCACACACACAUAACUAAAGCGUGUAGACUCUCCCGAGAGAGAACCGAGCGAUGACGACGUCGUUAUUAUUCUGCUACGCAUUCCGGCCGCCUGUUUGUCAUUCGAGCGUCUAGAAAGACGGCGUGCGGGAGUGUCUUGACUUGUCUCUCUUCUUUCUCACCUUUUCAACGUUUUUCAAACGAGGGACACAAACACAAAACGUGACUCGACAGUGUGCAUAUACUCGUGCGGAAAACUAGAGACUAUUUGUGUGUGCGUCCGUGUCGCCGUCCGCACUGAUUGACAUUAACACCGGGUUAAGGAGUUAGAGUGUCAUCAUCACCCGAAAGUUCAACGGCGAAUAAAAUAGAAAAGGACGACACUCUCAAAGGGUCUUCUCCAGGAUUUCUUAUUUUCACUAUCGAUUCUUUUCUUUUGUGCAUUGCAGACUGUGUGUGUGUGUGUGUGUGUGUAAGCGGGUUAUGAAUCGACCGGAUGUUUGCUGGUUGAUGGGGGUGAAAUUAUAACUCCUGAGCCUCCAGCAGCAGCUCCUUUUUAACAAUAAGAAUCCAACUGGGAAAUUUCUCCAGUAGUGAUCCAGCCGACCACCUAGACGGACGCAAAAAAAAGUGUAUAGCCGGGACCGGAUGUCAGGUGUGGAGGGUAGAAAUAACAAUGGUGCGAACGAUACAAGACUGUCGUAAAAGAAGGAAGAAUCAAGUGAGUCUAACAUUAAAGUGAAGGUCCUUUUUGGUGAUGUUUAGUGAAAGGAAUUUGUUCAUCACGACCGAAACGAAAAAUUUUUAUUUAAAAACAAACAACUGUCAUAAACGUUUAUAUAUUUGAAAAAAAGAAACUGAAUUGCUGUGGGGGCUAAUACGAUGUGGAAUUCAGUGCUGAUGGAUGGGGUUAAAUGGUCGUUUGACCGGUCAUCUCCACCGUUGACGGAUGGCGGUGGCGGCAGUCAUCCAGAUUUUGGUUUAGAAGAAAGCCAAUUCCGUAGUUGGAAUUUCGAAUCGCACCAGCAGACCAAUUAUGCCGACUGGACAAACAGGCUUCAACCGGGAGAGGAGGGUGAAGACGCCGAAGACUUAUUCGUUCAUCACGAUCCGGUCGACGGCCGAGGCAGCCGCAGGAACUACCCGUCAGCCGCCGAACUGUUCCGCAAUUUUGUCGGCGAUGAAAGCGCUGACCGGAUGGAAUUCUACAUCAACCACCUGACGAUGGAAGGCUGCGAUGCCAACAACAUAGCCUCCGCAUUGAUGGCCGAGUCUGAAUGCACCGCUGUCGAGGAAUCGUCUGCCAAUGUCGUCUACCGGCCGCCAUUUCCGCUGCUGGAUACAAUCACCGAGGAAACGGUGGAAGAAUUGUUGCUGGAAUUGUCGGAUUCGUCAUCGCUAUCAGCAUCCGCCAAUGAUGAAAGCUCGGAGAGUCCUAGUUCCAAUUCGGGACGUUGGGGCUGGGGAUGGGGCUGGCUCAAUACCAGCGACGAUGAUUCAUCCAGUGUAAUCCACAUGCCAGUUGGAGGAGGGCCGUCAGCAAUCACAUCUGGAUCCCUUGUACGACAUUCCGAGAUGACUGAUGUCAAUUCAGGAAUUUAUCGUACAGACGGACUUGACGUUGAUUUCGAUUUGGGUAAUGACGACGACGAUUUCGAUGAUAACGACGACGGUGAAUGGAGCGAGCGUGAUCAGGAGGUGCCCAAAAAGAAGCGCCGCAUCGGCUCCUCUAUAGAUGAAGAAGACAAAGAAUCGGCGUCGUCACGCAGCCCUUCCGUAACCGACAGUCUGAUUCAAUUCGAAGCGCUGGAGAAGGAGCUAGUGGACACGGAGUCUGAGCCCUUCGCUGCCGAGGAGGAGGAGGAGGAAUCGGCGUCGGCUGUCGUCUUCCGCACCAGCGCCACUACUUUACCUUUUGAAGACGCCGAUGACAGAGUCCUGUCUCCCGAAACAGACCCGGAAGUAUUCCUGGAUUGCCACGAACAUUUAGAAGCGGGAGGUCUGGUUGAUGAAGCUCGACUGCUGCAGACAUCUAGCGUUAAUUUUUUCAACUUCUUGGACAGUUUCCAAGAAACUUCUCAAACUUCGAGCCAAGAAUUUUACACCACGUGCGGCAGCGACUGGUUCUCUCCGCCGUCGCGUUCAUGGUCUUCGAUGCCGUCGUUGGAUUGGAAUGUGGGAGAUGAAAGUAUUACAGAGAUGAGGAGUUGCAGAAGUGCGUGCGACGUUAGCGGCGAUUGCGGCGUUAUGGGAAUGGGCGCUUCCGGCGCACAGCUACAGCAGACCUAUCAAGGGCAGAGCGCGGCUUUAAGACCUUCACAGCCGUGGGUAAUCACCUUUGAUCCGCCGCAAGAGAUGGAAGAAGAAGAAGAAGAAGAAGAGGAGGAGGAAGAUGAUCAAGUUAAUGAUGAUGAUCAUUGGGAGCCGGACGGGUUCCUCAAUUCCGACAUUGAAGAAUACGACACGGGAAGUAAUUCAGACGACGACGACUACAGCACCGAAAGGGGAGAUCGUUUCGAUGAAUUCGGUCUCGGAUUCAUUUCGGGCAGAUCUCAGCGCAUGAGAUCCUUCCGCAGUUAUGGCGACAGUCUCAAUAUGCUGGACACGACAGACGACCCCAUACUACAUUCAAACAGCAGUAGCAGUUCCAGUUGCAGUCCGGAUCGAUCCAGCCCGGAAGAAGAUCAUCGUCAUCCGGCGUCUUCACGGUCGAGGCAUUCGGUGGAAGCGUUGAGCGAAGACAGCGGUUACGGAGACGCGUCCGGAUCUCAUCCGCUGAUGAUGCAGCAGCAGCAGCGAACUAACCCUGACAAUAGUAACAACAAACGUGCUGGAACAUCGAGCAUGGAGGAAGCACGGAUGGUCGACCCGUCAACACCCCCCGCCAAGUGCCACCACACGCUCGAAUUACCCAACAGUCUUGGCCUAGCCAUCUGCCUUCCAGAUGGAUCACCCCCCAGUUGCAGCCCGGGCGAUUGUCAAUGGUCUCCGGAAGUUGAAAGAGCAACAAGGGACGAAUACCAGGACGACGACGACGACGACGUUUGGGAAGAAGAAGCAGAAGAAGAAGAACAAGAAGAGAAAGCGGAUGAAUUGCGUGAAGAAGACAAGAAUGAGGUGAAGGAUGAAGAAAUGACGGGCCAAUCUGCGUUGCUGAUGCGCCGCCAGCCGCGCAGUCGACCUACUCCGCUCAGUUUGAAAGAAGCGGAAGAGUUUCUCAUCCUGCAAGAUCACGCAGCGGAAGUCGUAAAUGAUGGCCAAUCCAGGUGUGGCGUGCCAGGGAUUUGCAUAGACCUUGAAUCGAAGAUGAGCCACACCUUGGACGGCAACGCCGCCACCAAUGACGACAUCCUGCCUGAUCACCCUGGAACCGAUUUAGAAGCGUCUAAAUUUAACCCCCAAAUUGGAAGCAGCGGAUGGGAGGAGGUUCCAGACGGAAUGGGGGAGGCAGUUACUGCAGGAGCAGAUCACACAAAACAAGCGGAGGGAAAAGGAGAGGAGGAGAAGGAACACAGCCUCCACUCGACUGACGGCGGCUCGGGUUUCAUUCGGCCGCCAGACGCCUCUAAACACAACUCGGCCAGCCACGGCCACAAUGUGACGUACUCUGACUCGAUCGCCAUGGAUUCGGCAUUUUAUCCAGCGCCAGUCGUUCUCAAACGCUACGGACCGCGUCAAGAAGUUGAAGUGUACAUUAGUCAUCAACAGUUGCCCGUCGGAUCGGAAGAUCUCGAUCCCCCCGUGCCCACAUCGACGACCGUCGUCCCGUCCGGAUCCUCGAUUCGCGGAGUGCAUUUCUCGCCCGUCGUCUCCGCCGUCAACUGGAGAGAAAGUUAUUUGAACCAAAGUGAAGAUGAUAGUGACGAUCAUUCGACUUCAAACGGAUCGGCCGCUGAAACGAAUCCGGAGACGAAGAAUUGCUCCGCUCCGCCGGAAUCGGCCACAAAAGUACGAGUGGCGGAAGUAUCGCCCUCUGUGGCUCAACGAGUGAAACUUAUGCCCGAUUCACCGCCAGAUGUCGUCAAUGUCAUCGAGGCCGAUCGCGGAACACCGAAUUCCGGCCGGAACGAAAGCAAUAGCAACAGUUGCACGACGACUAGCAAUAGUGCCACUACUACUGCUACUCCUACAACAACAACAACAACAACACCAACUUCGAGUACUACAACAACUGGAAAUAAUAGUAAGAAACCUCCCCUUUUCCAGCGUUUCUCCUUGUCGCGGUUGAGUGCCCGUAUGUCGGCCACAUUCAGCCGUUCGGAUUCGAAACGGGAAUCGGGUAAGAAAGUAGUCGGCUCGGAUGGUCCAAUUCCCACCGAUGCGAAGGAUGUCCCAACAACAGCGACCGAAACGACAACAACAUCGCCGCCCGUCGCCAAGGGCAAUAGCAAGAAGAGCAGCAAGAACAAACAACAACCGGACGCCUGUCCAGAAGUCAAGCCAACUUCCAAGAAAAUUGAUGACUUUAAAGUUGUCAAAGAGCCAAAAAAGAGAUUUUUCAGUCGAACGUUCCAGCGCUCGUCGUCCACUCCACCUAUGAGCUCAUCCGUCACCGCCCAACCGGAAGCGACCAUUCAAACACGCGCCACUUUGACGGCCGUAAGCCCAACGGCGGCGACAGCGGCGGUGGCGGGGGCCUCUGGCAAUGACAACAACGGUGCCACUUCAUCAUCGAACGUUUCGUGUCGUCCGAUUGAAUCGGUUGCCAGGCAACCGUCCACAACAUCCUCAAAUGACGAGAAAAAUACUCCCCCAACGUCACCUGCCGCCAUUGGGGACAGCAGUCGUCCUCCAGUCGUCAAUUCGACAAGUCCAACAACCAGCCAGCCAUCAGUCGAGCCUGAAAGUGGGUCAUGUCCGCCAAUUCCAUCGCCACGUAGCAAAGUUCAAGCCAGUCACGCCAAACCGCCUUUGCCGCCUCAGACGAAGCCUCGAACGAUUCACGCCCGUAAGAAUUACUUGGUGCAGCCAGCCGAGCCUCCACCACCCGUGCCAAUGGUGUCGUCUGCUGGCCUGCAGCAUGCGCUGCAACACUUUAAAGAGACGGCCCGAAUGGAUCGUGAGCGACUGGCCAAUUCGGUGCCGGAUCUGGUCGCCACCGCGCCGUCGACGCCGACGCCGAGACCCACAUCCGAUUGUAUUGAUCCAAGGGAGACUAACGAGGUGACGAUGGCGCCGGCGCAGCAGCCGCCAGCCUGCCAUCCGGUGACACUUUUCCCUGCCAGUCGUGAGCGAGCCCGUCAGGCCGCCUUGAGUCGUGCGUCGUCCGUCGAGUCGGCUUGGAAUGCCACGGCAUCGCGGGCCACUUUGAAUCUCUCACGCCGAAAUAUUGCCUCGAGCGGCAGCAGUCAAGACGUUGCUGGCAUCACUGGUGGUACUCAAGGUCAUGGUCGGACCAAAUCCCGUCCAGUCGUGCCCGGACUCUUGGAGACUAACCUGGACUCUGUGCCAUCGUCCUACAGCAGCAGCAACAACAACUACAACAAUCCGGAUGAGACUAAUCUGGACGAAUUGAUUCAGAACUUGCAACUCUUUUGCAACAACAACAAACGUGCAGUUGAAUAUUCACCGCAGCCGCUGUCUGUCGACUCCGCCAGCGCCACCACCACCAACUCUGAUAAGAGAUUUAAGAGUAUGCUGAAUUUGGGUUCGUCCAGUGCACCAGUCAGUGUCCAGCCGGAUAUCGACAUGAUGAUGACCGAUCCAACAUCGUCCUCCUCCGUCAGAGUGCCGGAUGCUAACCGGGCCAAAUCGAUGGAAUUCUUACUCGACGAAGACAACAAAUCCACGGUUCAAGUUCCUGAGAAUCAGCUGAAAAAGUGCGGAGAAAGGAAAAUGUCGGAGCACGAACUGCGCAUCCAGCGCUCUUUGCAGAAGCUCAACGUGCCGGAAUGGUAUAAAAAUAACGCCCGCUCCGGAAUCGGUGGGAGCACGACGUCUGGCUCCGCUGGAGGAAGUAAUGGCUCUGCUUCUACGGCUACUAAUGGAUCCAGCAAUGUGAACGCCAACAACACGGGCGUCCUUCGUCGUCGGGACUAUCACGGCGGCAGUAUCAGCUUGCGGAACGGCGGAUGGAGCGGAUUGAGCAGUGCCAAUCGAGAUGCUGGAACAGCCUCAUCCAUGACCAGCUUAGGUUCAGCUUUGAGCCGGUCAGGAACGCCUACACGUGUGGUUAUACCCACGCGAGUGCGGGCGGAUUGGCGAAAUAUCAAAUCAUCGCGUGAAUCGCUUUCCAGUCCGGCGGAGACGUGCAAUUCGCCCAGCUGGAACGGGGGCCCGACCUCGUUGAGUUCGACCCAGCAAUCAUUCUCCAGAUGGGGAAGUGGGCGAUCCAGUUACAGUACCUGCCCAUCUCCAGCUCCGAGCACGUCCUCUUCCGCUUCCGCUUACCGGACAUCGUUGUUGAAUCAGCACGGUCGAGCACCCUACUUGGGCUGGCGAUCGCAGGAGAAGUUGAACUCCAAUCCAGCACCGCUGUCGAUCUAUCAGUCACCGGCCGAACGACUUGCCUCCACUUUAUUGACGAAGACGGGCGAUGUCGGUCGCAGCGAAAGCCGAGCGGAAGCCGAACCCACUCCGCCGCAGCUGCUGCCUCAGCGGCAACAACAAGACGAACAACAGGAAACGGACGAAGUGGUUCGCUCCAGCAUCCGCCAAGUCACUUCAGCCAUCGUCCAUUACGUCAGCGAGAGCAGUGAUGGAGAUCAGCCACCUUCUCCGGCUAGCCGGAACGGUCUCUCACGUAGCCCUGAACGACAUCCGCUGGAGGCUCUCUCCAGAUCACCUUCACCUCGUCGACAACGUUGCGUCUGGCUGGAGAGUUCCUUCGUCGGAGGAGGAACUAGCCCGACAAGUCAUCACGCCAACGCCACAUCACCGUCUGGUUCGUCACCCGGCAGGCCGGAAUCACCUCCAUCUACCGGAUCGAGUCACCAUUUACACCACCAUCGAUCAACGACCAGUACGGCCACCAAUGGAAGGCCAGCAGGGCUAAGCGAUAGAACUGGGCCGCUGUCGGUUGUGGACAGAGAUCAUGCGACUUCGCCACAGCCUCCGCCGUUGCUGCUAGCCAAACGAAUCUCACCACCACCCGUCUCUGCCACGCUGGACGACGUUCUCAAUUCAUUGCUGGGCCUGGCGCCUCCCUCGCCAAUGCACGGGCUCCUCAGACGGCCCGUCUCCCAGCCGACCAUUCACAACAAACAAGCUCAUCAUCAACAACAACAAGACGGGCAGCAGACGACGAGCCAGUCCCAGCAGCCGUAUCAACAUCAACAUCAGCAGAUGCGUGGUAACAACAACAACAGCCAUGAAGGAGGAGCAUCGAGGAGCUUCAACGACCUUCGAUCCUCCUCCCAUCACCUCCAAUAAAUCAACGAUCUUUUUUUAUUUUUUGUUUCGUUUUUUCUAAGUGAAACACGAUGAAAAAACCAUUGUAGUGUGUAGAAAGAAACAUUAUUUAUAGUGCUCUGUCCAUCUCACCCACUCCACCGUAGCCUAAUUAACCGCGAUUACGGAUUAUUUCCGCUCCCACGCGCCGGCGCGCUCAAAGUCGUGGGAAGUUUCAGACGCGGGACUGGAAAAAAGUUUAGGCACUCGCGGCCCCCCCCCCCCAGAGAGUUAAUAUAUUGCCGUAAUAAUAACGGUGAAUGUAUUAUACUACACAGCAGAGCAAAAGGAAAGCGGAAAUGUUUUGUAUCUGCUGUAUAAAACAUGGACCUUAAUCGGGUUUGACGUCGUAUAAAAUACUGGAACUUCAGGGAAGCGCCAAACUAGAUUUUUCGAAGCGUGAUUUGGAGAGAUUAAAUACCUGCCGGCGAAGAGAAUGACAAUGUCGAAUACAUAAUUAAGGGCGUGCAGAGGUGAGUGAGGUGAGAGAUGAUGAGUUUGCGCAUUGAUCAUGGAGAUCCGGUUUCACUUGUUAUCGCUGUUCACGUUGUUGUUGUUCUAUUUCUUUACAAUGAAUUCUAUCCACGUAUUUUGUCUUUUUUUUCUAAAUUUUAAUUCAGUCCUUAACCUCUUUUUACAUCGGUUAAGUUUAUUCGAAACAAAAGUUUUACUGUACAUUUUCAUACUGUUUGUUAUUAAUCCAUUGUCGCUGUGUUAUUUUUCUCCCAAGAAAUUCAUUCUUUUUUUUUUUUUGGUCGAUUUCAAAAUGAAUCCAUAUGUCUGGACUAAAGAUGGUCUGCUUUCAUUAUAUACUAACGAAAUAUCAUACCUACUCGAGCAA